UCGUCUCUCUUACCUCUUUGAUCGAAAUGUCAACGUCCACCAAAACUCCCCCACGUUUAUAACUCUUUAACUGAAACCAAAGUGAAUCGUCUUCGUCUCUCCAGUCCUCUCUCUCACCAAGAAGAAGAAGCAAGAGCCAUGGGAGAUAAGCUUGCAGAGUUAGAGUACCAACCAGGCUUCGGCAACCACUUCUCCUCCGAAGCCAUCCCCGGAGCUCUGCCUCGAGAUCAGAACAGUCCUCUUGUCUGUCCUCUCGGUCUUUACGCCGAGCAGAUCUCCGGCACCUCUUUCACUUCCCCUCGCAAGCUCAAUCAGCGAAGUUGGUUGUAUCGGAUCAAGCCAUCGGUGACGCACGAGCCCUUCAAGCCACGUGUUCCUGCUCACGAGAGGCUCGUGAGUGAGUUCGAUGCGUCGAACAGCCGUACGAAUCCGACUCAGCUUCGUUGGAGGCCUGAGGAUGUUCCUGAUAAGCCUACUGACUUCGUUGAUGGGCUGUACACUAUAUGUGGAGCUGGAAGCUCCUUUCUCCGCCAUGGAUUCGCUAUUCACAUGUACACUGCUAACAAAGGGAUGAAAGACUCUGCCUUUUGCAACGCUGAUGGUGACUUCUUGUUUGUUCCUCAGACUGGAAGGCUGUGGAUUGAAACAGAGUGUGGGAGGCUUUUGGUGUCUCCUGGUGAAAUUGCUGUUAUACCACAAGGUUUCCGCUUCUCCGUUGAUUUGCCAGACGGGAAGUCUCGUGGUUAUGUGGCUGAAAUCUACGGUGCUCAUUUUCAGCUUCCUGAUCUUGGACCUAUAGGUGCCAAUGGUCUUGCUGCACCGAGAGAUUUUCUUGCACCAACGGCGUGGUUUGAGGAAGGACUACGGCCUGACUACACGAUUGUUCAGAAGUUUGGCGGUGAGCUGUUUACUGCUAAACAAGAUUUCUCUCCCUUCAAUGUCGUCGCCUGGCAUGGCAAUUACGUGCCUUAUAAGUAUGACCUGCACAAGUUCUGUCCAUACAACACUGUUCUUGUAGAUCAUGGAGAUCCAUCUGUAAAUACAGUUCUGACAGCACCAACUGAUAAACCUGGUGUAGCCUUGCUUGAUUUUGUCAUAUUCCCUCCUCGGUGGUUGGUUGCUGAGCAUACUUUUCGACCUCCUUACUAUCAUCGUAACUGCAUGAGUGAAUUUAUGGGCCUAAUCUACGGUGCUUACGAGGCCAAAGCUGAUGGAUUUCUCCCUGGUGGAGCAAGCCUUCACAGUUGUAUGACACCUCAUGGUCCAGAUACAACCACAUACGAGGCGACGAUUGCUCGUGUAAAUGCAAUGGCUCCUUCCAAACUCACAGGGACAAUGGCUUUCAUGUUCGAGUCAGCCUUGAUCCCUAGAGUCUGCCACUGGGCUCUGGAGUCUCCUUUCCUCGAUCACGAUUACUACCAAUGUUGGAUUGGCCUCAAGUCUCAUUUCUCACGUAUAGCCUUGAACGAGACUAACGUUGAACAAACAACAGAGACAACGAGAGAAGCUUCAGAGUAAAUAUAAAAAAAACAUAAACUAAUGUGUAAUGUCAAUAACCAAUUAUGUACAGACCUUCUUUACCAUAUGUAAAACAGUGUAUAUUGCAAUAAACAGGUAAUGUUUCCUAA